AUGAAAAAUAUAUGUGAACAGUUUUUAAAGCUUUAUAUGUCUUUAACUAAUAUUAUAAAUAAUAAAAAGAAAGUACUAAAGCAUAAUAUAAAUGUGUGCGUCGAUUAUUUUUAUAAUGCUAUAGAAAGUCAAUGUGAAAGUACUAUAGAUAAUCAUUUACUACCAGAUCUAAUUUAUAAUAUUGAAGAGGAUCUCCUUAAUAAUAUCGAUAAGUUGUAUAAUUUAUAUGCAAAAUAUACUAAACUUAAUACUAUUAUAAAUUCUAGGUCGGAGACUAAUAAACAUCAAUUAUUAUCACUUUCUACUAAAUGUUGUACUGAUUACAUUGAAGCUAGUUAUAUAUGCAAUCCUGGUAAUAAUAAAAAUAAUAAUAAAUUUUGUGAAAAACUAACACCUUUUAAGUCAAAAUAUGAAGAACUUUAUGAUCAAGUAGGUACAAAUGGAUUUGAAUUUUCUGCUAAUUUUAAAAAAUUAACAGAAUGCGGAGAUACUAAUAUU